ACCUCCAACGUUGACAAGUCUACCGUGUGAGCAUUGUGUGACGAGAUGAAGCUUGCCGUUCUCACUGUCCUGGCCCUGGUUGGUCUGUGUGCUGGACUCAGCCUUCCACCACCUCCACCACCACCACCACCACCUCCACCACCAGGAAAUUUCUCAACUCUACCUCCAUCACCAGGAAAUUUCACAAUUCUACCUCCUCCACCAGGCAAUUUUUCAGGAGCCCCUCCACCCCCACCACCACCCCCACCACCACCACCAACCACUCUUGCUCCUCUCCAAGGCUGAGCAAACUUUGAAAAUCGCCCAAUUUAUCGACACUAAUAUCUCUUCAAUA